UACUAAGCAGUCACAUUGUUUCUCUUCCAGGUUAUGUAUUGUCCAUAUUGUGGACUUGAAUUGGCUGGAUAUAUUGGAUGCUUUUGUGGUUCCUGUGGUAGCAACAUUAGAUUUCUGGCACCUUUUCUACAGAAUGGCCCAGAAACAGUGUCAGCUGAACUCACAGAGGCAGACCUUAUCCAUAAAUAUUUCUCAGAGGGCCACACAUAUGAAGUGAUCCUUGAUUUUCUUGGAACAAAGCAUAAUAUUUUCCUGAGUCUGAGCACCUUAAAGAGAAAGCUAAGGAAUGCAGGCCUAACAAGGAGGACAGAGUAUACUCCCAUUAACACUGUGAAUGCCGCUAUUACACAUGAACUGACAGGCUCAGGUCAGCUUUUGGGUUACAGAGCUCUGUGGCAGACAUUGCGACAGAAGUAUUUCCUGACAGUUAAAAGGGAUGAUGUAAUGCAUACAAUUCGCAGACUGGAUCCAUCUGGAGUUCAACUUCGCCAUAGGCACAGAUUUGUCCGAAGAGGAUACAUUACAGCAGGACCAAACCAAGUGUGGCAUGUUGAUGGGUAUGAUAAGCUCAAACCAUUUGGUGUUGCCAUCAGUGGCUGUAUUGAUGGGUUUUCUAGGAAAGUGAUGUGGCUCAGCAGUGGCAGCUCUAAUAACGACCCAGGGAUAAUUGCUUCCUAUUACAUGCAGUGUGUAUCAGACUUUGGACUUCCAGCACGCCUUCGCACAGACUGUGGGACAGAAAAUGGCACUAUGGUAGCCAUUCACUGUGCAUUAAGAGCACAGCAUACAGAUGAUUUUGCAGGAGCCCUCAGUCACAUGUAUGGCACCUCAACUGCAAAUCAACGUAUUGAAAGUUGGUGGUCCUUUUUCAGGAAGCAAAGGACCCAGUUCUGGAUUGAGCUCUUCAGUGACCUGAGAGAGAGGCACCUUUUCAAUGGCAGCCAUGAGCAUAAGUGCCUUCUACGGUAUGUCUUCUUGAGCAUCUUGCAGAAGGACUUUGAUGAGUACAGAGAACUCUGGAACAACCACACCAUCCGACCUGUUCGUCAGUCUCGAUGUCAUUCUGGUAAACCAGAAGCAAUGUAUCACCUGCCUCACAGGUUUGAUGCAAGGGAUUGUGGAUUCCCAGUGUCACAGGAAGUCAUUCAAGAUUUUGAGGACAUUCUACCACCACCGCAGCCCAGUCGUUGUGGUGACGGUAAUCUCCAAAUGAUCUCAGGCAAGGACAGCCUCGAUGGCCUUUUCCCAUCCAUGAUCAGAUCCCAGUCUGACUGCAGUAAUGAAGGACAUGAUGGACGGCAAAGACAGGCGAAGGUGGGAACGGUGUUCAUCAGAUUCAUCAGAAUAAAGCCGUAG